GCGGCAGUCUUCACUCGAGCUUUCUAAUGACCCCAGGCGUUCUCUGUUGUGCUAACUCCACAUCUACCUCCUAAAACUGAUUUCAGUUAGCGUCCGAUUGAAAUUCAGCUUGUUUAAACGUUAACUGAGCGUCGCGUCCAAUGCGCAACGGGCUUCACCCCCUCCCGGCACGUGCAACGCAAAAAUAGACUCUAUGUAUGGCAGGAUAACACAGUUCCGUAAUUAGCAGAUAGUCGGCAGUCAGCGCAAAGGAAAAUCUGUCGGGUACAAGAGUGAAUAAGAUGUAAAAACAAUAUAAUAAUGUAACUAUGAAAAAAAUUAUAUGCCCGAAGACAAGGAAAAAUGACGGCGAUGUUUUGCAAAUUAUUCCGUUAUUACUGUUUCUACCCUCCAUUCUGCGAGCUCAAAAUACCUUGGAAUGUCCCGACUUGACAAGAACUAAUAAAUGUUCUUGUAACGUAUUCGAAGACGGAUUGUCUCUGGAUUGCCAAUAUACAGACUUAAGAGACGUAAAAAAUGCACUUAAAACUGUGACUGAUGUUCAUUCAUUGUCUGUUUACGACCUCGACGACAACGAAAAUGCUUUGUUACCCCAUUUUAUACCUCAAGGCGUUUGUAUAAAACAUAUUUAUAUUUCAAGAACAAGCAUAAAAGAUAUUGGUGAUGACACCUUUAUACCGUUGAGAAAGUGCCUUGAAACGUUAACCGUCGUCUCGAGCAAGUUAAAGGGUAUUCCUCACAGAUCGUUCUCCGGAUUACUUAAAUUAAUGUCAAUCGAAUUGACGUCUAAUUAUAUAGAGGAGAUACCAAGCUACAGUUUUUAUGGACUUCCGCUAGUAAAGUUAGAUAUAAAAGCAAACGUAUUACGCGAAAUUUCGGAUUCAGCUUUUUCUGGCUUAGAAAUGUCUUUGAGUAAAUUAGAUUUGAGUGAAAACAAUCUUACUAUAUUUCCUAUAGCGGCUUUUUCAACUCUUAGGUAUUUGCAAUCAUUGAAGCUAGCUUGGAACGAAAUCGCUUCUUUCCCUUUAACUGAAAACACUGAAUUAACAUCUUUAGAGCACUUAAAUUUGAAUUCCAAUAAUUUUGAAUUUAUUUCAGAAGACUGCCUUAAAUUUUGUCCGUCCUUAGUAACAUUAUCAUUUCAUUUUAAUUUCAUUAAUAAUAUUAAUUAUCGUGCCUUUUAUCAUUUGCCUAAUUUGAAAUCAUUGGAUUUGAGUUAUAAUAGAAUUAAAGUUAUGAACCCCGGUAUUUUUCAAAAUAAUAAGAAUUUAGAGUACAUAGAUUUAGCUAACAAUCAUUUACGCCAUAUACAUGGUAUAUUUUGCAAUUUGCCAUCACUCACCGAAGUAGUUUUAAGUCAUAACAAUAUUUUAGAUGUGCCAAUAGAUUCGUUUCUAAAUUCUGAUAAAAUCGAAACAAUACACUUAGAUAAGAAUUGUAUAAGUAACGUACAUAGUGAGAGCUUCAAUAGUCUAGAAAAAUUACUUAAUGUUCACCUAGAAUUUAAUUACUUGAACCAAGUGCCACAUAGUAUUUUUAUUAGUAAUAAGAAUUUACAGAAAUUAAGAUUAGACAAUAAUAAGUUUCGUGAAUUAAACAAUCACACUUUAAAAUCUUUAAUAAAUGUUAAUGAACUAAGAUUUAACAAUAAUAAAUUUAGAUUUGUGUCUAGGUACUAUUUUAUGAAUUGUGCUAAAGUAGAGGAUUUGUAUUUGGAUAACAACGAAAUAAUUUUUAUUGAAUCAGGUACAUUUAUAGAAAUGAAGGAAUUAAAAUAUCUCAGUCUACACAAUAAUUACAUAACCGAUUUGAAUGACGUCAUGCCCAGAUUAAGCUCAAGCCUGCUGACUUUGCAUUUAGAAUACAACUCUUUGUCAUUAAUUGGCAAUUUUAUGUUCCAACAACAGAAAGACUUAAACUAUCUUAGUUUACAUAAUAAUCACAUAAAAUUCAUAACCAAGAAUACAUUUCGUAAUUUAGGUCUUAUUACUCGUCUUGAUCUAAGUAAUAAUGAAAUUUCAAUUAUAGAAGACUUUUCACUGCAGCAUUUGAAUUCUACUCGAUUCUUAGAUAUACAGCAAAACUUAUUGAGAAACAUAACGAAUUAUACAUUUUUUGGUUUAAGUGAAUUAGAGGACCUGGACAUUUCGAAAAAUUUAAUAGCAUUCAUUUUCGAUAUGGCAUUUGAUACCUUGAAAAAAUUACGAAGUUUAAAUCUUUCAUGUAAUCCUCUUAGAAUUCUCACUAAAAAUACUUUUCAACAAGGGCUACCCCUUAGCUCAUUAAACAUGGACCAUUGUGAAAUACAUCAGAUAGAAAAUGAAACGUUUUUAGGACUGAACAAUUUAAAAUUUCUUUCUAUCAGAAACAACUCAUUGAAAGUAAGUGACCUACUCUCAUUAAAUAUUCCAGGCCUCAAAUAUCUUUCUCUGUCACAUAAUAUUUUAGAUUAUUUGCCUUUAGAAUCUUUUAUUCAGUUUCCACUUUUAGAAAUAUUAUACUUGGAACACUGUAAUUUGGAACAUAUACUUGAAGGCACCUUCAAAUACAAUAGAAAUUUAAUAAGACUGAAUUUAGCACAGAACAUAAUCAGUGCAGUACCGUUGAAACUCUUUAAUGUUGAUAAUACAAUAUCUGAGUUAAACAUAAGCAACAACUUCUUGGACUACUUUCCAUAUGAUACGUUACACAACUUCAGUCACGUCGAAACAUUAGAUAUGACCGAUAACCUGUUAUCGAAAAUAGAAUUAAGUGGUCUUGAAAGUAUGACGAAAUUGAAAUAUUUAAUUCUGAAAAAGAAUGAAAUUAAAUCAAUAACAGUAAGGAAGAAACUAGAAUUUAGGAACUUAAUAUCUUUUGAUGUAAGCUACAAUAGACUAGAUAACCUACCUUUGCUAAUUUUUGAUACUUUCCCCAAUCUAAUAUAUUUGAAUAUUUCGAACAACGAAAUAGUUCAAUUUGAUUUUUUACUGUCGAACAAAAGAACAGGGAUUUCACUAAUGAACGUAGAUCUCAGCAAAAAUCCAACAAUUGCUUGGACCACUACUAGCAAAGUAGACAAUAACUCACUAGUAGCUAAUUUAUAUGAAUUACAUAUCUGUAGCACUAACAUGACAAAUAUAGAUGAAAUCACAUUUGAAAAGUUCACCAGUCUAAGGCAUCUGUACCUACAAUUGAAUAAAAUACGGAGACUGUCAAUAAGUCCCUUUUCGAAAUUGAGCUUUUUAGAAAACUUAGAUUUGAGUUUUAAUAGAAUUUCACAACUGAAAACAAAUAACUUUCGUGGUCUAACUAAGUUACGGACAUUAUGUUUAUCAAAUAACAAUAUUGAGUCAAUGGAAUCCUUUGUCGAAGACUUGGGCUACUUGAAGCUUUUGGAUCUAUCUCACAACAAGCUACAAAAUAUACUAAAUGAAGAUUUGGUGAAUCUAAGAGAACUUACGUUAUUGAAUCUCAGCUAUAAUAACAUAAAAUACAUAUCCGUAACGGCUUUUAGAAAUUUGAACAAAAUCAUUCAAAUUAAUUUAGAAUACAAUAAGCUGCAAAUUGUACCCUUGGAGUUGCUUACUUCAGUUGAAAACCACAUUGAAGAAAUAGCUAUAAAAGGUAAUGUGAUAAUAUGCAACUGUCAAAAAGAUAAUACAUGGGUGUGGAUACAAGAUCAUCCUAAAAUUAUAAAAUCAAAUUCAGUGACAUGUCUUAAUAAUGAAUAUCCGAAGGAGAAAUGUGAUCUACCAGUGAUAUCCCAACUAUCAGUAGAUAAACACAAAGAUAACUCGGUUUCCGUUUCAUGGUUUAUUCGUAAUCGGACAGCUAUUAAAGCAAUACAGAUAUUGUAUUAUGGAGAAGAAGCUACGGCUCAUAUCAACUCCAAAUAUUUGGAAAAAAACGACGUAUCUGUACGGAUUACAAAUUUAGAACCAAACGUUAACUACAUUGUAUGUGUCAUUACGUUAUCAGAAAAUCCCGUUAACUAUGAAGACAAUAAAAAUUCAGAUAAUAAUUUAACAUUAACAGAAGAUUUAAUAAACGUCACUGCCCAAAUUAGUCAAGAUAUAGCCGCCGCAAUAUUGAUGCGAUCACCAUCCAGUGAAUGUAUUUCAUUUAAUACCUUUAGAAAACAGGCUUCUAUUAAAUUGAAAACAAACAAAAAACUCGGCUUGGCAUCCAUCUUAAAUCGUAGAUUAGGUUUAAUCGUUGGUUGUACAUUGGGGUUUGUAGUCUUUUUUAUCAUGGUAUCGGUUUUGUUGUAUACUAAAAUUAAAGAGCGGAAGAGAAUAGCGAAAUCUGAUCCGGCUUGGUCAGAAAUGAACGACUAUCAUUCAAUGGCAAGCAAGGAUGAUAUUUUACAGAAUUCUACGACUGCUUCCACUGAUAACAUUUUAUUAGGGAUGGCAAAGCCGCGUUAAUUUUUUUAAAAUAGGUAAUAUGCAGAAUUUUCUGUACAUUGUCGAAAAUAAAUUCUAAAUUAUUGAAUAGCUAGAUAAUACGUAAUGACGCUUAGAUCUUAGCAUGAUCUUAUGGCGAAUAUUUAGGAAUUAUAUCAUUAUAUGGCGUGCAGUAUCUGAAUAGGGUUUACAUACAUUUCUGUAAAGGUAUUUUAUGUAAAAUAGUUUAUUUUAGUAUUAGAAGACAAAAUUGAAUAAAGUUGUUGGAAUGGUUGAAUUUU